CGAUUUCGAAGUCAAUGUCCAAUGCAUUUUAUUUAAUUUAAUUUUCUAGCAAAUUCAUUCAAGCUCCUUUUGCUUUCAGGGACGGUUGGCAUAUCGUACUUUGUGUAUAUCAAGAAUAUCUAUGUAGUACAGCUGAUGUGCGUUUUCAAUGAAUAUAAUAAUAUACUCGUUAUAAUAAAAAAAAACAGCAAUUAGACUUGUAAUAUUCAAAUUAUAUCUUGUGAUAAAUAAUAAAAAGUUGAUUUGCGAACACGGUACCGAUAACUUUUUUUCUAGAAGUGACGUGUUACAGAGUUGAGGAAAAAAAAUGGAUUGCAAAAAUUUUUACAUUCUAUGUGGAUUAUUUGUUUUUGGAAUAAUUGCUACAGCUUAUUCAAAACCAGCCACAACAGAUGCUGACAUUUUACAAAAUGACCAAAAUGAUGAUUACGAGUAUGAAGAUCGAAAUUUGCAAGCAGAUCAAGUCAAACCUACAGCCUCUAGUCUCAAAACAACAAUGUUACCUUAUUUUGAUACUAAAAUUGUACAUAAAUUUGUAAAACCUGGUGGCAAUAUUACUCUUGAAUGUCCUGUAAAGAAUUUAUCAGAUACCAACGUGAUUUUAUGGUUUAGAGAAGAAAAUACUAUCACAAACAAUUUGAACGUCUUGGACAAUGCUUACGACGUUGCAAAACAGAAUUUUAGUUUAAUUAUUAAAAACGCUACUGUUCUUAUUGAAGGAAACUACUACUGUGAAAUUGCACCUCAGAAAAUUCGAAUGCAAACUAUUCUAAAAGUCAGCAAUGAAACUUCCCAGGCUAUAGAAAGUGCAUCUGACCAUACAAAAGUCGAAGAACAAGUUACUCAGACAACGCCUGGUGGAUGUGCCCCUGAAGUAUCCGGUUUUGUUUCGUUAGUACUGGUGUCACUUUUGAUGUCAAACCUUCUCUCGCACGAGAAAUAUUUCAAAACUUUACUGAAUAAUUAAAGGUUAUUAUUUUCAGAUCAAAGCACAAAAAACUAACUUAAGUAAAAAAACAAACUAAAUUUUGUAUGUUUGUACGUUUAUUAUUGUAGCUCAUUAAUCAACAAAAGCAACAUAUUUCCAAUUGAUAUUGUCCAGAAUGGGAUUUUAUUAAAAGACAAUUUCAAUGGUUUAUUUAUUCACAAACUGUGAUGGCUUACUAUUAUAAUUGCUUAAUUCUGAAAAUUCUGUUAUAAAAUUUAAACUUGUUAUGCUUUUAUCACAUACCAAAAAUUUGAGCCAUAUGCCAAGAAUGAAUUUUAUUAAAUGAAUUGAUUGAUAUUUAUUAAAACAAAGAACGAGAUGAUAUACUUUAAGUACAAAUGUCUUAGUUUAAAUAUAAUUGUUGUAUUUAGUUUUAAGAAGAAAAAAAAAGAUGAGAAAUCGAUACUGUAAUUUAACAGCUCUUUGCUUUAAGACGAAAUAAAAAGAGACAUAGAUAAACAUGCAUUACAUGUUUA